AUGUCAGGGUUCCAGGUUCUGGGUUCGGGGUUUAAGGUAAGAGAGAGGGGCGGGAGCAGUGUGGAGGGAGGAGUAGAGGAGGCACGAUAUUGCAGCGCGGGAGACGCGGAGUUACGCGAUCGUCCGCUGGUGCUCCGCCACCCACUCGAGCAGCCGCUUCUCGUCCCUGGCCCCUCACCCCUCGUCUCUGUCUGUGCGCAUGAAUGCAUGGGUGCACGCGUGCAUGUGCGGAUGUGUGCUCGUGUGAAUGUGUGUGUGCCAUGGGCUGCGCGGGGCAGGCAAGUACGAGAGGGAGGCGAGGCGCUACUGGGAUCUCUUCUACAAGCGCAACGGCGAGCGGGUGAGCGCGUGCCACGUGGUGCACAGUGCCUACCAUUGCCACUGUCACUCUGCUCGCCUUGCUUCGCUGCCACACUGCAUCCUUCACCCCACCACUGCCACAACCUUUCCCUCCCCCACUGUCAAGCCCCCCUCGCUCUGCUCUGCGUUGCUCAUUCCGUUUCAACUCCUCCACCCCACUCUCUUUUCCCCUUUCCCCCAUCUCCUCCCCGUCUCGCCGUCGCCCCGUGUCUCUGCGCGCAGUUCUUCAAGGACCGCCACUACCUGCACCACGAGUGGGCGCUCUUCCUCCGCGGGGAUGCGGGCGCAGGGAGAGCGGCAGAGGCGGGGACAGAGGGGGGAAAAGAGGGGGGGGCAGAGGGAGGGGGAGGGGAGGCUAGGGCCGGGGAUGCAGGCGCAGGAGCGGGGAGCGCAGGGGGCGGUGGUGGGUGUGGCGGCGGCAGGGAGGGGUGCGUGUGCGAGCGGUGCGUUGCCAUCCGACGAGUGGUGCUGGAGGUGGGGUGCGGGGCGGGCAACACGGUGUUCCCGUUGCUCGCAGACGACCCGCACCUCUUCGCCCUCGCCUGCGACUUCUCCCCGCGGGCUGGGCCCCACACGUCCAUGUGA